GUUGCACUAUAGUUAUCAAACCGGCGGAGGACACACCGCUAACAGCUUUAGCCCUUGUUAAACUUGCAGAGCAAGCCGGUUUUCCAGCCGGCGUUAUAAAUAUUGUUACAACAAAUAAAGCACCUCCAAUAGGCGACUUGUUUUGCAAAAGUCCAGAUGUAAAAGGUAUAUCGUUCACAGGAUCAACAGAAGUAGGGAAAUUGCUAUUUCGAAAUUCGUCUGAUGGAAUUAAACGCAUAUCAUUGGAAUUAGGUGGCAAUGCCCCAUUUAUUGUAUUUAACUCAGCAAACUUAGAUAAGGCCGUUGACGCUGCCGUUUCAUGUAAAUUUCGUAACUGUGGGCAAACAUGCAUAUCAGCAAAUCGCUUUUUUUUGCAGCAAGAAGUACACGACGGAUUCAUAGAUUUACUAAAGCAGCGCGUCGAAUCUUUGAAAGUUGGUGACGGUUCUAAACCGGGUAUUCAAAUUGGGCCACUUAUAAAUAGUAUGCAAUUUAAUAAGGUUAGUGCAUACGUAGAGGAUGCUCGUUUAAAAAAUGCUAAUAUAAUACUAGGAGGCAAACCGCUAAAGAACUUGGGGAAUUUAUUUUACUCUCCAACUAUAAUCACAGAUGUACCAACUAAUGCCAAAUUAUAUACAGAAGAAGUUUUUGGACCUGUUGUCUCCAUUAUGAAAUUUAAUACUGAAGAAGAAGUUAUACAUGCUGCUAACAAUUCCAGGCGGGGACUGGCUGGGUAUUUUUUCAGUGAAAAUAUACAACAAGUAUUUCGGGUAGCGAAGCUUCUGGAAGUGGGAAUGGUGGGGGUGAAUGAAGCACUGAUUUCUGCCGCCGAAGCUCCUUUUGGUGGUGUCAAAGAAUCAGGCAUAGGGCGUGAAGGUUGUCAUCAUGGUAUAGAUGAAUACGUCGAAAUUAAGUAUAUAUGUAUGGGUAACUUAAGAUAUUGAAAGUUGUUUUCACGAUUGGCUUGUAGUUAUAGUCAAAAUAAAGUCGACUCCAAAGAUAAAAACAGCUUUUUUGACAGAUAUCCCAUUGAAAGUUAUGUACGUAUGUCAAAAAGCUUCUUUUAACUUAAGUGUCGGCUAUAACUACGGACCAUUGAAUUUGGUAAAAGCUAUGGUCUUCCAUAAAAGAUCUUAUUAUUAAGGAAUAAAUGAUUAUUAUAUUAUGAUUUUUGAGUUUAGUUAUACAUCGAUUUAUGUAAUUUCAUGCGUAUUUUAUUAUAUAUAAAAGAAAUGUUAGAUGGAGAGUAAUUUUUUCUUUAAGGUAAAAGAA